AUGUUAUUAUCCGGUUCUCCUACACAACAACAACAACAACAUCAGAAAGAGAAUGGAUCUGAUUCAAUAUUUUCAGCAGACGAAUUUGUCUCGGCAUACUGUUUUAUAUCGCAUGAUAAGGUCAAUUUAAUCCCUGUAACCACGGAUAAUGUGGAUGAUGAAGAUGAAGACAACAAUAGCCAUAAUGGAAAUAACAUUACAACUCCACACAUUACUAUCAAUGAUCUUCAUCAUGAAGCCAUUGAAGAUCAUGCUGAUUUUACUCCUGAUAAAUUGUAUUUGAAAAAUAAAAAUUUACUUUAUAGUCUCAACAAUCCUUCAAUUUCCGACGUUGAAGUAGAAAAUAACAACAUCAACAACAACAACAACAGCAACAAUACCAAUGGUUCUAGUAUACCGUCAACAUCUAAAGAUUCAUAUACUCCAUCUCCAUCAUCUUCACCUCUGUCAUCUUCCUUAUCGACACCGUCAUUAAAUAACAACAUCAAGAAAAAGACUCAAGUAGUGGUUGCUCCAUCAAUCUUUUUACCAAAAUUAGUUAUCAAUUUGGCGGAUAAUUUAAAUAAUGAUUUCAAAGAAUUGAAACAACUUUUAAUUAAAAUAUUUCCAGCUUGGGAUAAUGUUGAUAAUAUAAGUUUAAGUCAAUUAACUGGUGGUAUCACAAAUAUGCUAUUAUCAUGUGAGUACACAGGAAAUGACCCCACCAAAAAAACCGGUGAUGCUGAGCCGGUGUUGAUAAGAGUUUAUGGUCAUGGAACCAAUUUAAUUAUUGAUAGACAUCGAGAAUUUAUAUCCCAUUUGAUAUUAAAUUCUAUUGGGUUAGCACCACCAGUUUUCGCCAGAUUUAAAAAUGGUUUAGUUUACGGUUAUUUGGAUGGUAGAUCUUUAAAACCAGAAGAAAUGAGUAAAAAAAGUUUAUAUCCAUUGAUUGCUCAACAAUUGGGAAAUCUACAUAAUAAAGUUGAUUACAAAUUAAUUGAACAAGGUAUUGAAAAAAUAAGAGCUUUAAAGCUUGGAAGAAGACGAAGAAGAUCAUCAUCAGCAUCUAUAACAUUCAAAAAGAAACAUCAUCAUAAUUCAUUGAGUGGGACUAGUAGCAGUGCUAGCGGUGCCACUACUGCUAAGAAAAGAUUUAUUUCUAAUAUUUGGGAAUUAUUAGAUGAUUGGAUCAAUAUUGUUCCCAUAAAUCCUGAUUUGAUUGAAUCUUUCCAACAAAACUUAACUAAAGACUCUACCAUCAUUGAUAUUAUUAUUGAUGAAGACAAUUUAAAAGACAUUAUUAAACAAGAAUUUGAAUGGUUACAAACCGAAUUAACUCAAACUAUAAAUUCUCCAAUAGUUUCAUCUCAUUGUGAUUUAUUAUCAGGAAAUAUCAUUAUCCCUAAAAAUUUCCCUCUUGACGAACAAUCAACGACCUCAUCAUCCUCAUUCAAUUUACCAAGUAUUGAAAAUAAUCCAAUAAAAUUCAUUGAUUAUGAAUAUAUGUUACCAGCACCAAGAGCAUUUGAUAUUGCUAAUCAUUUAGCAGAAUGGCAAGGUUUUAAUUGUGAUCGAUCUGCUAUACCGGAACCAUCAAUAUCAAACCCAGUAUUGGUCAAUUGGUGUUGUGGAUAUUUGAAUGAUAUGAAUGCAUCAAAAGAAAUUGUUGAAUCAUUAAUUGAUGAAAUUAAAGCUUAUUAUGGAUUACCAGGAUUUUAUUGGGGGAUUUGGGCCAUGAUUCAAAGUGAAUUAUCAAACAUUGAUUUUAAUUAUCUGAAUUAUGGAAAAUUAAGAUUAGAAGAAUAUUGGCAAUGGAAAAAUGAUUAUUUAAAGAAUAAGUAA